GCCUCCUGCACCACACUCCAGCCCGGCGACCCACAGCUUGCAGACCGGCGGGAACCAUGGCCGGGGGCUCGGCCGGGGCCUGGGCCGUACUCGGCGCGCUUCUUUGGGGCUGCGGGCUGGCGCUGCAGGGAGGGAUGCUGUACCCUCGGGAGAGCGCGUCGCGGGAGCGCAAGGAGCUCGACGGCCUCUGGAGCUUCCGCGCCGACUUCUCCGACAACCGGAACCAGGGCUUCGAGCAGCAGUGGUACCGAACGCCGCUGCGGGAGUCGGGCCCCACCCUGGACAUGCCGGUUCCCUCCAGCUUCAAUGACGUGGGUCAGGAUGGACAAUUGUGCAGCUUUGUCGGUUGGGCGUGGUAUGAACGGGAGGUGACCCUGCCCCAGCGAUGGACCCAGGACCUGAGCACAAGAGUGGUCCUGAGGAUUGGCAGUGCCCACUACUACGCCAUUGUGUGGGUGAAUGGGAUCCACGUAGCAGAGCACGAGGGGGGUCAUCUUCCCUUUGAGGUCGACAUCAGCAAGCUGGUCCAGAGUGGACCCCUGUCUUCCUGCCGCAUUACUAUCGCUAUCAACAACACACUCACCCCCUACACCCUGCCGCCAGGGACCAUCCUCUACAAGACUGAUACCUCCAAGUACCCUAAGGGUUACUUUGUACAGAACACAAACUUUGACUUCUUCAACUACGCGGGACUGCACCGGCCUGUCCUCCUCUACACCACGCCCACCAUCUAUAUUGAUGACAUCACCGUCACCACCAAUGUGGGCCAAAACACUGGGCUGGUGAAUUACCAGAUUUUCGUCCAGGGCAGUGAGCACUUCCAGCUGGAAGUGUCUCUUUUGGACGAGGACGGCAAAGUCGUGGCCCAGGGGCUGGGGGACCAGGGCCAGCUGCAGGUGCCCAAUGCCCACCUCUGGUGGCCGUACCUGAUGCAUGAGCAUCCUGCCUACUUAUACUCGUUGGAGGUGAGGCUGACGGCACAGACAGCAGCUGGGUCCAUGUCUGACUUCUACACCCUCCCUGUGGGGAUUCGCACUGUAGCUGUCACAGAGAGCCAGUUCCUCAUUAACAGGAAGCCUUUCUAUUUCCAUGGGGUCAACAAGCAUGAGGAUGCCGAUAUCCGAGGGAAGGGCUUUGACUGGCCACUGCUGGUGAAGGACUUCAACUUGCUUCGCUGGCUUGGUGCCAACUCCUUCCGCACCAGCCACUACCCCUAUGCGGAGGAGGUCAUGCAGCUCUGUGACCGCUAUGGGAUCGUGGUCAUUGACGAGAGCCCUGGUGUGGGCAUCGUGCUGACGCAGAGCUACAGCAAUGUGUCUCUGCAGCACCACCUGGAGGUGAUGGGGGAGCUGGUGCGCAGGGACAAGAACCACCCAGCAGUGGUGAUGUGGUCUGUGGCCAACGAGCCUGCGUCCUCCCUGAAACCUGCUGCUUACUACUUCAAGACGCUGAUUGCCCAUACCAAAGCCUUGGACCCCUCCCGGCCGGUGACCUUUGUGACCAACUCCAACUAUGAAGUAGACCUGGGGGCACCGUAUGUGGACGUCAUCUGUGUGAACAGUUACUACUCCUGGUAUCAUGACUAUGGGCACCUGGAGGUGAUUCAGCUGCAGCUAGCCACCCAGUUUGAGAACUGGUAUAGGACCUAUCAGAAGCCAAUUAUUCAGAGCGAGUAUGGAGCAGAAAGCAUCGUAGGGUUUCACCAGGACCCACCUCUGAUGUUCAGUGAGGAGUACCAGAAAGGUCUGCUAGAGCAGUAUCAUUUGGUUCUGGAUCAAAAACGCAAAGAGUAUGUGGUUGGAGAGCUCAUCUGGAAUUUUGCUGAUUUUAUGACUAACCAGUCACCAACGAGAGUAUUAGGGAAUAAAAAGGGGAUCUUCACUCGUCAGAGACAACCAAAAAGUGCAGCAUUCCUUUUGCGACAGAGAUACUGGAAACUUGCCAAUGAAACCAGGUACCAUCGAUCAGCUGUGAAGUCACAGUGCAUGGGAAAGACCCCGUUUACUUUUUAAAGCAAGAACUACCUCUUCAGACAGCAGGUGUCAGCCCCUCCUCCCUAAGUAAGACGCAACUUCCUGAACCGAGUGUGGCAGACCAGAAAGUUUCUGCUCUGGAUUUUGUAGUAAUUUGCUAGAAGGGAAUGUGGAGGUGAAAAUCAAGGCGCUUGUAGUACGGGAAUAGAGUUGGCUCAGAAGUGACCAUCCACAAAUUAAAUUAUUGGUACUGCAGAAAAGCAUCUCGUUAUCUUUAUGUCAAGCUGUUUUCAUAGACAUAACUGUGUGAUUCUUAAGAAUGGCCUGCUUCAGCACUCCGGCCACAUGCACGACUGUGCUUCCACAGGGACUGCCGCACAGUCUUAGGCCACCUGUGCUCAUGCCCCAAACCAGGCCAACCCUGACCGAGGGAGGGAAACUCCCUAGAUGAGCUGAAGUCGCAGAACACUUAGACGUGCUGCCAUGCUGGGAUAAGCAACAAGGUCUGUGCACUGGUUUCCACAGUGUUAACCAAACAGAUAUGCCUAAGAGGUGAGAGCUGAAGAAUGUCUGAGUCGGGAGGAAGCACAGGUUACCGGUUGUGCCAGGACAUUGUUCCAGCCUUAGCCAUGCAGUCUGGCCUUGACAGAAGUGGGCAGACGGCUGUGAAGGCCCAGUGGCCGUGUCAUGACCGUCCCCACUGAGCAUGAGGAGACCUCUGUAAAUUAAACAGGCUGGGCCUACAGAGAUGUAGACCCUUGAACAUGUAAACUAUGGGUCCACUUUACAUGUGUAGUUUUUUUUACCAUGUUGUCCAAACCCAUGACAUCACCUCUGAAUGGGAGUCACAUACAGGGAGGGCUGACUGUAGUUAUAUACCCAACUGUGGAGGAGGUUGGCACCCCAACACCCCACGUUGUUCAAGAGUCACCUGUACUCCGGGCCUUUGUGCCUCUGGAUGACACCAACCUGCCCGGCUCCCAGAGGAUCGUUUUUCUUUAUGCAAUCAUUUCUCCUCUUCACAGGGUCCAUUAAGGCAAGUACAGUCCAUUACUCCUAAAGUUCAGUAUUCCUCAAUCCUGGUUUAAGGCUGAAUGCUUUGGAAAAAUACUCAUUGGUAUCCAAUCACAUGGAAGACCAUGAACCAACACAGUUAACACAGAACUUGAUCCACUUUCAUUGUGGUCGAUGCUACACGUCUUGACACGCCUCUUUCCAAAUUCCAUGAGAGAAACAGUCAAGGUAAUUUGACCUCAUUUUAAUGGCCAUCUUUAGACCGCUUUUAAGAAAUGAGAGUGUAGUCAGUUCAAAUAAUAAGUUAGGAAUUCUAGUGAUUACAUAUUUAUUUUUUUUUACCCCUGAACUUACUAACUUCCUUCAAGGAAUCAAGUUUUGUGUUCUGGUUAAUUGUCAAGGAAUAAUACAUAAAACUCUUUACUUGACAAACAGAAAAAAAUAUUAAACAGGGCCGGCCGAGUGGCGCGAUGGUUAAGAACUAGCUUGGGAUGC